AUGAAAUCUUGGUUGCAACGUCCAGAGACAAAGAAAUAUGCAGCAGACGUUGCAUUGUUUGCGAUUUCACAAGUAGCAUUUUACUUUGCUUUCAAAUACGUUCUCAAAUCACUUGAUCCCAACAAAGCAAAGCGCCAAGAAGCUAAGGCAAGAAGUAAUCGUGUCCUUGGAAAGCUUGGUAAAGAUAUCAAAUUGAAUGAAUACGAACAGAUUAUUGCAGCAGAAAUCAUUCAUGCUGAAGAAAUUAAUGUCACUUUUAAGCAGAUUGGAGGAUUAGACAGCAUCAUUCAAGAACUUCGUGAAAGUGUCAUCUACCCACUUUGUUAUCCAGGACUAUUCACUUCAGCUUCUGGACUUUUGGGCGCACCUAAAGGUGUCUUGCUCUACGGUCCCCCUGGAUGUGGAAAGACGAUGCUUGCAAAAGCAUUAGCCAGAGAAAGUGGAGCGACCUUUAUCAACGUUCACGUGUCUACAUUGACAGAUAAAUAUUAUGGUGAAUCCAAUAAGCUGGCAGCUGCUGUAUUUACCUUGGCCAGAAAGCUUCAGCCUUCUAUUGUAUUUAUUGAUGAAAUAGAUUCCUUUUUACGUGAACGUCGAAGCACAGAUCAUGAAACGACAGGAAUGAUGAAGGCUGAAUUCAUGAGUCUCUGGGACGGUUUGACGACGGGAGAGGAUACUCGAAUUGUCAUCUUGGGUGCAACAAAUAGACCUAAUGAUAUCGAUUCGGCCAUUCUCAGAAGAAUGCCUAAACGGUUUGCUGUUCGAUUGCCAAGUGCGGACCAAAGAAGAAGUAUCCUCGAACUUCUAUUAAAAAAUAUUACAUUGGCUUCAGACUUUAAUAUGAAUGAAUUAGUUCAAAGAACUGCAGGAUUAUCGGGUAGUGACUUGAAAGAACUCUGUCGUAACGCAGCUAUGAUACCAAUUCGUGAAUAUGUUCGAUCCGUUCAUUCAGGAAUUGACAGUGAAAAUGCAAGUCAAGACUUGAUGAACUUGGACCUAUCAAAGAAAGUCAACACUCGUCCAUUGACAUUGGCUGAUUUUUAUGCUUCCGAGAACCACGAAAAGACACACAAUUACUCCAGUGAUUUGCCUCAGCAAGAGAACCUUGACUAACUUACUGUAUUCAGAAAUUAUUUGCACAUUGAUAGAAAAUAAAGUAAAUAAUAAAAGAGAGCCCAUCAGAAGUAAAAGAAUGGGA